AUGUCGACGCCGAAAAAAAAACCAAUUUGUAAAGUGUGUCCGAAAAGAAAACCAUGUGUAAAAAAAGAAGAACCAUUUGUGUUGGAAGAAGAAUAUAUCGAACCAGAAAUCGAAAUCGAAGAUGAAGAUGAACCAGAGGAAGAAGAGUCGAUUUAUUUGGAUGAGGAAAGUUGUAAGGAAAUCGCGACCGCGGGUUACGUUUUGGAUGAUGUCGAAGAGAAAAAAAAAGAAAAGCCGCCAUUUUUUUGCGGUCAAGCACCGAAAUCGAGGUACGAAAACGUGUUACCCGCCGACGUGACGAACGAUCAUCAAGAAGAAGCUGCCGAAAAAGAAACGAUCAUUGAUCACAUGAGUGCUUUACGCGUGACGAGCGAACCGUUUUGUAAAAGGUUACCGGUAAUCAUCGGCACUAUCGGUCCUUCGUGCACGGAAGUACAUCAAAUCGAAGAUUUGCUCGAUUGCGGCAUGAACGUCGCACGUAUUAAUAUGUCGUACGGUGAUCGUUGCUGUCAAUUGAAUGCCAUACAUAAUUUUAAAUUAGCCGCUGAUAAUUUUAUACAAAAAAUAGGUAUGUACGUUCCGAUCGGUUUGAUGAUGGAUUUAAAAGGACCCGAAAUACGUACCGGAAGAAUUUGUAAACUCUACGCUUGCGAUCCGGACAAUCCGAGAAUAUUCAUUGAAAAAAAUAGCAUAAUCAAAAUUACGACAGAAAUUACAUACGUCGACAAAAUCACGCCGACGUUGAUUUACGUUGAUUUCCCGCUGUUUCCUCAACACGUUCGACCGGGAAUGAAAAUUUAUAUCGACGACGGUUACAUUUCAUUAAUAGUUCAAAAGGUCAACGAAAUAGAUUUGAUAGCUUUGGUCGAAUGUGAAGGGUAUUUAGGAAAUUACAGGCCCGUUCACGUUCCCAUGGUACCGUUGGACCUUCCACCGUUGACCAAUAUAGACAUGGAAGAUAUUGAUCUCGCGCUCGAAGAAGAAUUCGAUUUUAUAGCUCUGUCUAAAAUAGAAAACGCCGAAGCCGUGUACACGUUGAAAAGUAAACUCAUCGAAAGUUUACUUCUCCAGAGAAAGUUCAGAGAAAAACCCAUAAUGAUAUUUUCGAAAAUAUCAAAUUUUCAAGCAUUGAAAAACAUUGACGAAAUAAUCGAAGCCACGGACGGUAUAAUAAUUCAAAGAGGAGAUUUAGGUUUGGACAUACCGCCGGAAAAAGUUUACGUUGCACAAAGAGAAAUAAUCGGAAAAUGCAACAUGGUAAAUAAACCGGUAAUUAUAUGUACACAAUUAAUGAAAUCAAUGACAACUCACCUUUUAACGGAUCGAUCUCAUAUUUUUGAUGUAGGAAGUUGCAUAGAGGACGGAGCCGACGGAAUUUGUCUGACGGGAGAAACGGCCAUCGGUAAAUUUCCAAGCCAAGUCGUCGAACAAACUCACAACAUACUUCGCGAAGCCGAAGCAGCGGAUUCACGUAAAUAUCAUUUCAAAGAACUCACGGAUAAGUUAAAACCCCCCAUCGAACCCAUCGUCGCGGUAGCCAUGGCUUCAUGCAUAAUUUCGCAAAAGAUAAAAGCUACCGCGAUCAUAGUUUUAACGACGUCCGGAAAAUCCGCUCAACUCAUAUCGUGGUUCAGGCCUCGUUGCGUCGUUUUGGCGGUGACGAAUUUCGAAAGAACCGCGAGACAGUUGCACAUGUGGAGAUCCAUUUGUCCCAUCAUUUACAACGGACCGUGUUUGAAAAACAAUUGGUUUGUCAAUCUCGAUCUUAAAUUUCAAUACGGGAUAACGUUCGGUAAAGAAGUGGGAUUCAUAGAAGCCGGUGAUCCGUUGAUUCUAGUCAGCGGAUACGGAAGGCAUACAUCAUUUACAAAUUGCAUAAGGAUCGUUUACGCAUCCACCGAACCUGGCAUAUACCUACAACAUUCUAAAGAAUUUUACAACAACAUAUACCUUCAGAGAAACUGUCCGAGAACGUGUAAUGACGAAAUAGAAAUCAGAUAA